AUGCGGCCCGGCCGCCUCUCGUGGUCGCUGCUCCGCUGCUGGCGGGCGGCGGCGGCUCUGGGCGCGCCCCGGUGCCGCCCGCUGCCCGCCCGCCCGCUCAGCGCCGCCGCCCCGCUCCGGGCCCCCCUGCGCCCGCCGGGCACGGGCGGCGAAGCGCCGGGGAGCGGGGCGGCGGGCGCCGUCGGGGAUGAAGAACGAGAAGAGGAGGAUGAAGAAGAGGAGGAUGAGGCGGCGCUGGAGGAGCUGCUGGGCCCGUCUCCGCUGGCGCCGGGGCCCGGCGCUCAGCGCGUUGCCAUCGUGCACCCCGCGGUCAAGUGGGGCCCGCAGAAGUCACGGCUCACCACGGCUGAAUUACAGAUUGAAGAAGCCGUUGCUCUUGUAGAUACCCUUCAGAACUGGACAGUUUUAGAUAAAACAAUUAUUCCUACAAGAAAUCCCAACAAGAAGUUUGUUUUUGGCAAAGGAAACUUUCAGAUUUUGACAGAAAAGAUUAAAAAAUUGCCCCAUCUGACAGCUGUCUUCUUGAAUGUGGAAAGAAUAUCUUCACUAACAAAGAAAGAGCUAGAACGUGCCUGGGGCGUGCAAGUCUUUGACAGAUACACCGUGGUACUUCACAUUUUUCGCUGUAAUGCCCGGACGAAAGAAGCAAAACUGCAGGUAGCAUUGGCUGAAAUUCCUCUUCUCAGGUCAAAUCUGAAAAACGAGGCGUCUCAGAGAGAUCAGCAGAGAGGUGGUUCACGAUACAUCAUGGGCUCAGGUGAAACAUUUCUAGAAAUACAGAAUCGUGUCUUGAAAGAAAGAGAACUUAAAAUUAGGAAUGCCCUGGAGAAACUAAGGAGAAAAAGGGCUUUACUUAGGACUCAGCGCAGAAAAUGCGAGUUCCCGAUGGUCUCAGUAAUGGGCUAUACCAACUGUGGAAAAACUACUUUGAUCAAAGCCUUGACUGGGGAAGCAGGACUUCAACCCAGGGAUCAGCUGUUUGCCACUCUGGAUAUUACAGCCCAUGCUGGCUAUCUGCCCUCACAUAUGGCAGUUAUUUAUGUUGACACCAUUGGGUUUCUGACGGAUCUUCCACAUAAUCUGGUUGAGUCAUUUUCAGCUACACUAGAAGAAGUGGCUUACUCAGAUCUGAUAGUUCAUGUGAGGGAUAUAACUCAUCCAGAAACUGUCCUCCAGAAAGCAACUGUUCUGUCAGUUCUGAGGAAUCUUGAUCUUCCUAGCCAUUUACUGGACUCAAUGGUAGAAGUUCAUAACAAAGUGGAUUUGAUAGAAAGGUAUAAGCCUGCUGAAGAAAAUGCUUUAGCUGUUUCUGCUCUACACGGGCAUGGUUUAGAAGAACUGAAACAAGAAAUAGAGAAAAAAAUACUGACAGCAACAGGGAAGAAGAUUCUAACAGUUAACAUCAACUUAGAAGGACCUCAGCUAAGUUGGCUCUAUAAAGAAGCAACAGUUCAGGAAGUAGAGGUCAUGCCUGAAGAGGGCACAGCCAGGGUGAAGGUGAUAAUCAGCAGUUCUGCUUUUGGCAGAUACAAAAACCUCUUUCCCAACAGUAAGAUUUUCAUGUCAUGA